AUGGGGAGUGGGGAACCUAAUACUGCUGGCAAGAAAAAGAAGUACCUCAAGGCUGCCCUGUAUGUGGGUGACUUGGCCCCUGAUGUCACAGAGGACAUGCUCUAUAAGAAGUUCAGACCUGCUGGCCCUCUACGCUUCACUAGAAUCUGCCGUGACCCUGUGACCCGCAAGCCCCUGGGUUAUGGUUAUGUUAACUUCCGCUUUCCUGCGGAUGCUGAGUGGGCCUUGAACACAAUGAAUUUUGAUUUAAUUAAUGGUAAACCAUUUCGCCUCAUGUGGUCACAGCCAGAUGACCGCUUAAGAAAAUCUGGAGUUGGAAAUAUAUUCAUCAAAAACUUGGAUAAAUCCAUAGACAAUAGGGCCCUGUUUUAUUUAUUUUCUGCUUUUGGGAACAUUCUUUCCUGUAAAGUUGUAUGUGAUGACAAUGGCUCUAAGGGUUAUGCCUAUGUCCACUUUGAUAGUCUUGCUGCUGCCAAUAGGGCUAUAUGGCACAUGAACGGAGUCCGGCUCAACAACCGUCAGGUAUAUGUGGGCCGAUUCAAAUUUCCUGAAGAGAGAGCAGCUGAAGUCAGAACAAGGGAUAGAGCAACAUUUACCAAUGUUUUCGUGAAAAAUUUUGGAGAUGACAUGGAUGAUGAAAAACUAAAGGAACUUUUCAGUGAAUAUGGUCCAACUGAGAGUGUUAAAGUAAUAAGAGAUGCCAGUGGAAAAUCUAAAGGUUUUGGAUUUGUAAGAUAUGGGACACACGAAGCUGCCCAAAAAGCUGUGCUAGACCUGAAUGGCAAGUCAAUAGACGGGAAAGUCCUAUAUGUAGGGAGAGCACAGAAAAAAAUUGAACGCUUGGCUGAGUUAAGGCGGAGAUUUGAAAGGCUGAAAUUAAAAGAAAAAAGUAGGCCUCCAGGAGUGCCCAUCUAUAUUAAGAACCUGGAUGAGACCAUCGAUGAUGAAAAACUGAAGAAAGAGUUUUCUUCGUUUGGAUCAAUUAGUCGAGCCAAAGUGAUGAUGGAAGUGGAACAAGGCAAAGGGUUUGGUGUUGUCUGCUUCUCUUCUUUUGAAGAAGCUACCAGAGCAGUAGAUGAGAUGAAUGGUCGUGUAGUAGGCUCUAAACCACUAAAUGUCACUCUGGGCCAAGCAAGGGGCAGGUGGUGAGAAUCGCAACGAUCAGUUUGUAUAGCCUUAGCUGUUACCUACUUAGCUUGAGCGUCUUUGUAAUAGGGGGUUAUUUCUGUCAAUUCACAGAUUUUUGUUUUGUUUUUGUCUUUGUUUUUUUUGUGUGUGUGUGUGUAAAAAUUUAUUUUGGCAAGUGUACAGAGAAAAUCUUUUUCGUUAUAGUGAAGAACACAAUUUUCAAAUAUAAAAUUGUCAGUUGUCUGAAUUCUUUACAUAAUCUUUAUCCUUAGUAAAUUGUAGAAUAAAGUUUAUUCCUCUUAAUUUUUAUGAAUUGCAUAAAGGAGCCAGUUGAUUAUAUUUCUAUCUUUAUUUUAAUAAUAAUAAUGUAAUUACUACCAUGAAAAUAUUAUUAGCAUUGUCCUUAUUUCUGAUUCUGGCAAAGUGAAAAGUC